AUGAAUGUGUCUGGCAGGGAAACCAACUCUGUGAGCCACUUCAUCCUGUUGGGCUUUCCUUCGAGCCCAGAAAUGCAACUCGUUUAUUUCGUGCUCUUCUCAGCAGCCUACACAUUGACCCUGAUGGGGAAUACAGCCAUUGCCUGCGCUGUGCGGUGGGACCGACGCAUUCACACCCCCAUGUACAUCCUCGUGGGGAAUUUCUCUCUCCUGGAAAUAUGCUAUGUCACCACGACAAUCCCUAACAUGUUGGCCAACUUCCUCUCCACCAGCAAGUGCAUCUCCUUUGUGAGUUGUUUCGCACAGUUCUACUUCUUCUUCUCUUUAGGGUGUGAUGAGGGCUUCUUCCUUUGCAUUAUGGCCUUUGACAGAUACCUUGCCAUCUGUCGUCCUCUGCAUUACCCACGCAUCAUGACUAAACAGCUGUACACAGGCCUCAUCAUCUUUGGAUGGUCAUGUGGGUUCAUCCUCUUCCUAACGCCAGUUGUUCUCAUUUCACAGUUGUCCUAUUGUGGCCCAAACAUCAUCAACCAUUUUAUGUGUGAUCCUGUCCCAUUGAUGAUGCUGUCCUGUUCUGAAGACACCACCACCCACUUCAUUUACUCUACUUUCAAUGCUAUUUUCAUGAUUGGCACGUUCCUCUUUAUCCUUUUUUCCUAUGCUCUGGUGAUUCUGGCUGUGCUACGAAUGCCCUCAGCAGCAAGCAAACGCAAGGCUUUCUCCACUUGUGCUUCUCAUCUCGUUAUCAUAAUCCUGUUUUUUGGCUCUGUUAUGGUGAUGUAUGUUAGUUCUGGAUCAGGGCACCCAGUGAAAAUGCAGAAAAUUGUGACCUUAUUUUAUUCUGUGAUAACACCCCUCUGCAAUCCUGUAAUUUAUAGCCUCAGGAACAAGGAGAUGAAGGCUGCCCUAAGGAAAGUCUUUGGGACUGAAAUAUUUGUUCAUAAAACAUAA